UCCCCCACUCUCGAUUAUCUUUUGCAUUGCAUUUCCUGCUGUGAUACCCUCCUCAAUAUCUGCAUGCAAGAGCGUCCCAAUGUUUUGGCAUGGCUUCCCGCUUGCAAGUCCGGAGGUCUUCUCCGUCAAGGAGGGCUCCCGAAAAUUGAAUCGUGAAAGUCUCUGUUGUCAAUCUUACAGUAAAGCUACCUACACACUCUCCAGCUUCAGCAUUCAUGUAUUGCUGAAUGAAUCGCAGAAUCGCAAGACGGAAGGUCGACAUGCCCACGUGGUUCUCAAGGACCCUGAUCGGCGCCAAAACGCCACCAAGGCUACGAUGGUGCGGUAGGUUCCUUGAGGUCCCUGUGGCUCUCGUGGUAGCGCUCCCGGCUACAGCGUCUAGCAGUCCGGUUGGGGCAUGUUCGAGCAAUAAUCAAACCCUGCGGAUCCGAGGCCGAGGCUUAAAACUUGUCAAGCACAAGGCAACCUUAUCGAUCACGACAGCAGAAACCUGCUCUUGGAGGUGUCGAAAGAGCAAAGGAGAGAGAAAGAUGAACCUCUUCAAGUUUAGCCUCGCCAGAUGGCAGGUGCAGCUCGCAGGACGUGCAUCAUCGGCCGCCUUGGCCGAGAUAGUGGGAGAGGAGAGUCAGUGUAGCGUGCGUCAACUCUAGCCAUGAUCCGGUCAUGUCCAUGAUCCUUUCUUCUAUAUCCGUGUGUGUACGCAUCGAUCCGAGACACCAAAGGGCUGUGUCCGUAUCCAUGUCCACGCCCGCCACAGCUUGCUCUUGCUCUCUUUC